UUUUUUAAUAUAGACACGUUUGUUGGGUUGGUCAGUAAAGUGUAAAAGUAGCUUAUUUUUUUCUGGGUCAAGACAAUUUUAUUUCUUAAAAUAGAGGAAUGGUUGGCAUUUAACAGCUGAUUGCUUAAUAGUUUUUAGGUUAUUUUUAGAAAAAAAAUUGGGAUUACUAUGGUUAUUUUUGUCAAAUUUGAUUUAUAAAUAUUGUUAUGGCAGAUUGGAGAAUCAACGAAAAAUAUAGGAAACCUAGAAGAACAGUGGGUACUCCAUUUCACGCUCAAAGAAACUAUUAUGCGUUAGGGGGACUUUUAUUCGGUGGCGUUUCUUGGUACUUAUACGAACUGUGGCCACAAUCACAAACACUGAAACAAAAAUUUUUGAAUGAUAAAUUUAAUAUACCAGACGGUUUGAAGACCAAAUUUCUGCAUAUACAAACCUCAACACAAUCGGCUCCUCUAAACGAACUUUUGGCGAAAGCUAGAGAGAAGGAAUUUGAAAAGAAUGCUCCAAAAACUGAGGAACCAUGGCUCAUCAAAAAAAUUAGAUCAGGGCCAGAUAUCUAAGAAGGAUGGUGCUCAAGUCCAUAAAAUACCAGGAAGCUCCAGUCAUUCCGAUUCGCCAUUUAAAAAGAACUUGGGUGCAUUAAAACGUUUCAGUUUAGAAAACGAUGGCGAAGAUGAUUUUUCAAGUCCAAUAAGAAUCAAAAAACCUAUUGCAAAACCAUUAAAAAAACAACCAACAAAAAAAGCAACUUCCAAAAAAUCUAGCUCAAGGAAAACUUCAAAUCCUGUUAUGAAACGUACUAAAGACAAUUUUAAAAAUUUAGAUGUGCAUCCUGAACAUCUACAAAUGGCAUUAGCCCUUUCAAAAUCUACAUUUGAACAAGAAUAUCCUGAAAGCGAGAGUGGGGAUAAGGAAGAAGAUUUACCUACGUUUUUAUUUCCACAACAGAUUCCUAGAGUUACAACUUUUUUGGAAAAAUAUGGAUUCAAAUCCAACAAAAAUAAAUUGUAUCCAGAACAUUCAAAAGUCAAUUUAGAAGAAACCAAAGUAUCAAAAAAUUCGAAAUUUAGAUUUUUAACCCCCGCUCUUUACAAGCGCACCAAAGAAGACAGAGAAUCUUUAAUAAACAAGAAAGUUUCAUUAAUUAUAGACCGACAUAUUCAAACCGUUCCAAUAAACAGGGACAUUUUAGAAGAAACCAACAGCGAAGAAUUAGAGAAAUAUUUAUCCCACAAAAAAUGUUGGAAUUUAAAUUGUACAAUGGAUACAAAUGAAUUAAUUGUACAGUCACUCAAUUUGUCUCCAUCAAAGCAAACUAUGGGCUGCUUGCUAAGAAAUUGGGAUGAAAUAGCUGGAAGAGACAAAUCGCCUGAAAAGUUUUUAGGGAGUCCAGAAAAAAGUUCAUCAAGCUGUGAUAAAUUUAAAGAAAAUGAUCAAGCCACAAAAGAAUUAGACUGUACUGUCACAACAGAAAAUAGCAGUUCAGACUGUGAUAAUAGCGUUUUGGAAAAAGAAAUAAGACAAUGUCUAUCUCCGGACUUAUUUGAUGAUGAUGAUGAUUUAGAAUACACAGAAUCAUUUAAUACAACACCAAAAGCAAUUGGAAAAAAUUAUCAAGUUGAAAAAUUACCAUCAGCUUCAAAAUCUCAGCCAGUUUCUGAAAUACCUCAUUCACUUUCUACCGCUGAAGACAGUGUUGAGGCAUCUUCAAAAUCUCUAACAAAAAUGUUUAAAAGUUUAUCUCAAUCUUCAGUUAUGGCAGGAACAUCAACUACGGAAGAAUUUAAAGCUUCUUUUAUCGAUGCAUUCAAUCCAGCUGAGGAAAUCAAUAAAACAGCAAAGCAUGUAUCCUCAGAAUCUGAAACAAUAUUUAAAAAACGAUCUCCUAAACAUUCCAAAGUAGUAUCUUCAGAAACAACAUCUUCUAUAUCUUCAAAGUCACCUUCAAAAUAUAGGCCAGUAUCUCCUUGUAUAUCUUUUAAAUCCCAGACAAAAAUAAGUUCAUCUCAAUCUUCACCAACUAAAGUUAACACACAAUCUCCUACAAGAUCUAAAGAAAAAUCAACAGAAACAUCUAUUUACUCAACAUCUUCUAUAUCUUCAAGAUUCCAUACAGAAAUAAUUUCUCCUUCUUCUUCCAUCAUUGAUUUAAGUCAAGGUUCUUCUUCUAAUGACUCAUUUAAGAUGAUUACAGAAAUAACAAAUCUCUGCAAUAAACCGAAAACUCAGAAAUUUGAAUCGGAAACCUUUGGUAGUUAUUCUGGUACUUCAUCGAGAACCAAUUCAUUCGCAACAAUCGAAAAAGAUAGUAACGGGAUCGAAUAUUUUGAAAGUUUCUAUGAUCCCACUGAGGAAUGUGUUGGGAUGAGAAAUUCGUUCGUUGAUUUGAUAAGUUCUGAUGAAGAUGAUCGACCCAAUAAAACCACAGAUGUUUCUUCAAGAAAAUCUUACAAAUAUAAAGAAAAAUUAGUUGAAACUGAAAAUGCAGGUAUAGAAUUUGAAAAUGUUGAUAAAGUCGAUAAAGAUUCUAGUACUAGACUGUCUUUAAUUACAAAACAUUCUACCUUUGAUUCUGGAAAUAUUUCACUUGAUUACAAUCACACAACGUCUCUCAAUGUUACAGAUUAUGUUAUGGAUGUAUUGAAUUCACAAGAUGAUACCGAUAAUCGCGUUGAAUCUGUCAAUCAAAGUCUAAGCAGCUGUUCGCAGGAAAGUAUCGAGAUACUGUCUGAUGAGGAGUUGAACUAUUCCAGUAGGUUCAGCGCUCAAUGUAAAAAUGCAAAUUUAUACGAUUUGGACAAUUUUGAUGAUUGCAUUGGAGCCGAUUUUGCCGAUGAAGAUAUAGAAACUAUUCAUUCGAAGCUAAAAAACAAAUACAGCCAAAAGACCGAAAUCAGUGCGGAAAGAGUAGAAAUUAACAACGAAACUUUAAAAAUACCAACAAACGAUACUAUUAAGAAAAACCCAUCUGCUGCUAACAAUAAAAAUGACAAAUCAAAUCUAAUCAUUGAAGAAAUCCCACUUAUAUCGUCCCCCAAGCAAACUAAACCCAAAGAAGACGUUCCUCAUACUUCUUCCAAUUUAGACAGAGCCAGUAUUGAAGAAAUUUCACUUAUAUCAACCCCAAAGCAAACUAAACCCAAUGAAGACGUUCCUCAUACUUCUUCCAAUUUAGACACACCCAAUAACAAUAUUAUCAUCAAAACCAGCAACAUCACACCGAUGCUAGACUACGAUGCAAUGGACACUCCAAACGUUAGAAAAGAAUUGGACAAGUUUGGAAUUAAACCCGUCAAAAGAAGAAGGGGAGUUGAACUGUUGAAAUACAUCUAUGAAAGCACCCAUCCCUUAGUUGACAUUGAAGAUCUAAGGAAUUUGCAUAAAGAAAAAAACGAAGCCAGACCUGUUAAGAAAAGAAAGUUGGGAGAUGUGUUUGACAGUCAAAAAGUGGAUGGUAUAAAAAUUGUUGGAAACGAACUUAUUAAAAAUGAAAAUGAGGAUGAUUUUUUGUUCGAAAGAAAAGUCUCUAAAAAGAUUCUAUCGUGUCAUAUUCCAUUGCAAAUAGCUUGGUAUAAUUUUCUGUGUUGUAACCCUGAUUUGAAGGAAAAUAUCUUGUUAUAUGAACCUAUACAAUUGGAAGUAGUUCAUUCGAUGCUCAAGGAACAAUCCGGAUGUAAUUUUCACAUUGAGGAGCUCAUUACUUUUUUGGACAGAAAAUGCAUUACUUUUAGGACAAAAAACCGAAAAUAUCGAAAAAGGCAAAAAGUUGAUAGUAGGAAGUAAAUUUUAAAGGAA